AUGGAAAAAGAUAAGUUGGCUAUAAAUAAUGAAAAAUACAAAAAUUUGAUUGAUUGUUACUACCUGUUAUUAAAAAAAUUUAAAAAAAAAAGUGCCUAUGUCAUUGAUGAGUUUUUAAUAAAGGAAAAUAAGAAUGGGGAUGGAUCUUUCAUAAUAUAUGAGGACAUUAAUUCAGAUGCCUUUUUCUUUUUAAUUUUGGCAAUGAUUGAUUCUAAUUAUGAUCGAAUUAACAAAAUUAACAUUUUGAAUGUGCAAAACGGAAAUGAUAUAAUCAAGGGUCUCUGUUUUUAUAUAGACAAUGUAAAAAUAUGUGACCUUCUAAAAAAAAACAAUAAAAAUGUAAGGAGAAUAAACCCCAUUGUUGAAAGAAAAAAUAAAUUGAAUCUAAAAAAAAAAACAAUUGAACCCGAAAAAAAAAGUGAUUCAAUUAAAAAAAACUCAUGCAAUAUAAAGUCUUUGAGCAUAUUUAAUACUAAUAUAGAUAUUAACGCAAUAAUACUUCUUUCUAAAAUUUUAUAUGACAAUAAUUACUCAAAGCUGGAGCAUUUGGCAAUAGAUUGUAUUAAUUUAGAAAAUGAUUCUCUCAAAUACUUAUCCUUAUCAUUGUGCAAUUAUAAUAGUUUAAAAUCUUUAAGCCUUCAAUAUUGUAACUUAAACAAUGACGCUAUCAAAUAUAUUAUCGAUAUAGUCAUAUAUGUGAACUCCUCUAUAACUACCUUGAAUUUAUCUGGAAAUAAAUUUACCGAAGAAGGAAUAUGCUCACUUUUUGAAAGUUUUUUAUUAAACCAUGUUUUGUCUAAUAUCGAUGUAUCUUAUAAUAUGUUUAAUUUAUCUAGCUCAUUCAUUGAAAUGCUUUCCAAAAUUAUAAUUAAUAAAACGAAUAUUUCAAGUAUAUCACUAAUUGGCAAUUUCUUGGACAACGAUAAUUUGGCCAAGAUAAAUGAUGCAAUGAAUUUUAAUAAGUCCCUUUCCAUUUUAAAAUUGCCUAAUGGAGUUAACAAAGCAAUAUUAAAGGAAAUAACUUUAAAGUUGGUUAAAAGAAAAAGAAUAAAAAAAAAAUGUAAAAAGAAGGUUAUUUAA